UCCAACUCUUAGCGACCCCAUGGACUGCAGCCUACCAGGCUCCUCCAUCCAUGGGAUUUUCCAGGCAAGAAUACUGGAGUGGGGUGCCAUCUCCCUCUCCGAACAAUCAAGAGCUAGUAUGAGUCAACUGCAACAUAUCACAUGUGCAUAUGCUUAGAAAAGUGCCUAGCAGUAAGUAUUAACAAUCUGUAUUGUGAUCAGACACCUACUGCCCAUUCAAGGAUGUCCAUUCCUCUUUACUUUAAGUUUUCCCCUUGAUGUCCAAAAGAAGGCUAGGCACCAGUUAAGAGUUUUGUCAUCACUGGCAGCAAAAGAGAUGUUUAUCUAACUGAAGGUAAGUGAAAAGUUUGUUCUCCUUUGAGGCAGGAGUUUUCACAUUUCACAUGUCCUCAACAGCUUCAAACUAAAACAGGGACUAGAAUCCCAGCCCAGAAACUAACUGGCUGGUUGACCUUAGCCAAGUUACUUAACCUCUCCGAAACUGUUCCCUUCUUGGUAAAUGUGGGAUAAUAACAUAAUAUUGCAGCAUUACUAUGAGAACCAGGUGUUCAAAGAGUUGGUUGGCACCAAGCUUGACUCAUAGGGAGCAUUUAACAAAUGUUAUGGCUAAUAGCAAGAGCAGGUACUGAUCACUGGAUUAUGUAAAAUUCCUUUUAGUGGACCCGCCAACCCCUGCCCUGGCUCCUAGCACAAGGCUGGUACUUUGGGGGCGCAAAAACUGAAUCAAUGUAUAAGCUGAAGAAUGAAUGUGUCAGAGGGAAAAGGACUAGGAGAAAGAUGCUAAAUGAAAAUAAAAGUUGAAAAGACAGAUCAAAGGAGAGAAAAAGGAGAGACUCACUAAGAAAGAUCUCAUUUAAAGAGACUCAGGAAUAAAGCAGAGGAAGAAAGGGAGUGAAAUGACAAAAGAAUGAGAAAGUUAAAAAUGAAAAAAAAAGAUUAGGAUGAUAGUUGGUGAAUUAAUCUUAAAAAAUAGUUGGUUUUUGAUUAAGGGUACAAGGACUUUUAUAGUAAAGAAAAUAAAGGAGGUGAUGACUGCUAAGAGGCCUGGGAUUUCUUUUUCUGGAGAUGAAACAUUCUGGAAUUGAUAAUGCUGGUUGCACAAUUUAUGAAUAUACUAAAAACCAUUAGGUUAUACCCUUUAAAAGGGUGAAUUUAUGGUGUGUAAAAUAUAUCUUCAAAAAAGAAAACAAAGUCACAAUUUAAAAUUCAAAAUGUUAAAAACAAAUUCAAAACGGUGGUUACACUUUCAGGAAUGGGCAAUUGAGCAGUCAGGGAGGGGCCCCUAGGAGCUUCUAAGAUACUUGAGACAUUGAUUCGGUCCAGGUUGGCACAUAUACCAGGGUUGACUUUAUUACUCAUUAGACUAUAGAGAUAUGCUUUGCUUACACUUUCAUUUGAGUAUAACAAUCCGAAAGUACUUUAAAAUAUAUCCUAUAAAGGAGAAAAGAACUACAGGAGAAAAAGAAAGAACAAACCAAGAAAGAUACAAAAGCAGAACUUUCUGCCAAGAAGGGGAUGCAAUAGAGCUUAAACACGGAUGGAUGGAGACCUUGUGAUGGGAGAUGUUCAGGCCACCCUAGAGCUGCAGGGCACUUUUGCCACCUGCCACCAUCCCCCAGCGGCCUUCUGAAGGUCUUGUAAGACCAGAGAACCCUGAGUCCUUGUCUUUCAACUGCCAGAGUGGCUGCAGCCUCCACCCCAUUCCUGAGCUGACCUUCUAUACCCCAGUACUUCCCUAUUUAUUUUUUUUAAUCCAGUUACCUCCUCUAGGAAGCUUUCCCUGAUACACCUACCCAAGUUGGUCCUUCAUCUUUAUGACUUUUUCUCUAAUUCACUCAGUAUGUUGGUAUUCCUGACCUUUAUCUUGGAGUCUUUGACAGUGUUCCCGAGAUCCCCUCCAUGAUUUUAGUGUGCACGGGACCACCUCACCUCCUGCCUGUAGGCUUCCCAAGGCAGAGACUGAGCACGUGGACCAGCUUGCCAAGCAGGAAUGUUGGUUCUGUGACUCAGGCAAGCAAACUGAUCUGUCAUUAGACACAAAGGGAAAACCUGUCUCAUAGAUAAACAUUCCAUCUCUGAUAAGCUGCUUUGCAAAUAAACAAGCAUAAAAUCCAUGGAGUAUAAAUAAGUAGCUCUAAAAAUUCAUCAGAACAAUAGAGAAAUGAUCAAAUCUACAGACUUCAUUUACAAUCAGAAAAUGUAUUCAAAGUAUAUACCUUGCUAUUUCUUCCAACAAAUACAUAAGGAAAAAGACCACACUUAGAAUAGUGCUCUGAAAAUAGCAGCACUCCAUAAAUGCAUGUUGGGUGAACUAAUUAAUCCAUGCUUUACACCAGCCCCCUUUAAACUGAACCAGUGAAUCUGAGACCAGUGUGAAGCUCCAUCUGUCUUCUGCACAUUCACGGCUUCCUCACUCUCACUGGACCACAUUUGACCAGGAGAAGCAGGGGAAGAGAAGGAGGUGCUGGAUGGUGAUGUGCUGGGAAAGAGGCUGAGUGAGUGACGACAGAAGAGAAACGCCCACCCGGUAUGACCUGACAAGCGCCCAGGGUGAGUUAUUAUAAGACAGGUGGGAACACACAGCUCAGACAGCCCUCAUCCCUCUAGGUCUGGACAAGAACAGGCCAUGGUCAACCACAGCUUCCCAGUGGACUUCCUCCUUCUGGGCUUCUCUGAACACCCAGGGCUUGAAAGAAUCCUCUUCGUGGUUGUCUCAAUCUCUUACCUCCUGACUCUGGUGGGCAACACACUCAUCAUCCUGCUGUCCAUGCUGAACCCCAGGCUCCACUCCCCGAGGUACUUCUUCCUCUCCAACCUCUCCUUCCUGGACCUCUGCUUCACCACAAGCUGUGUCCCACAGAUGCUGGUCCACCUCUGGGGCCCAAGGAAGACCAUCAGCUUCCUUGGCUGCUCUGUCCAGCUCUUCAUCUUCCUGUUCCUGGGGACCACAGAGUGUGUCCUCCUGACCGUGAUGGCCUUUGACCGCUAUGUGGCUGUCUGCCAGCCCCUCCACUAGGCCACCAUCAUCCACCCCCAUCUGUGCCAGCAGCUGGCGGCCGUGGCCUGGGUCACUGGGCUGGUGGAGUCAGUGGUCCAGACACCACCGACCCUCCGUCUGCCUUUCUGCAGUCACCGGCGAGUGGAUGAUUUUGUGUGUGAGGUCCCAGCUCUAAUUCGCCUCUCCUGUGGAGACACCACCUACAAUGAGAUCCAGAUGGCUGUGGCCAGUGUCUUCAUCUUGGUUGUGCCGCUCAGCCUCAUCCUGGUUUCUUACGGUGCCAUUGCCCGGGCAGUGCUGAGGAUUAACUCGGCCAUAGCAUGGAGGAAGUCUCUGGGGACUUGCUCCUCCCACCUCAUUGUGGUCACUCUUUUCUACAGCUCGGUCAUUGCUGUCUACCUCCAGCCCAAAAAUCCCUACGCCCAGAAGAGGAGCAAGUUCUUUGGUCUCUUCUAUGCAGUGGGCACUCCUUUACUUAAUCUUCUCAUAUACACCCUGAGGAACAAGGAGGUAAAGAGCGCACUCAGGAGGUUGCUGGGAAAGGAUGUGGACUCCAGAGAGAGCCGAGGGAAUGCUGCCUGAUGUGCUGGAAAAACAAGAACAGCUUCUCUGUGGUUUUGCCAGGAAGUCUGUGUCCACACAACUCUGCUCUCCUCACACCCAUCAUACCACAGAAAUGGAUGGCAGCCCCCUCUGUGUGUGUGCAAGUGUGAGUGUGGGUGUGUGACACAGAGAGAUGCCUCAGAAAUGGGUUACAGCCCCUAUGUAUGUGUGCAUGCAAGUGUGACUGUGUAUGUGUGACACAGAGAGAGACACACAAAGAGAGAGAAACAAAAACUGAAAAUGUGUCAAGUGGAGUUAUGUAGCCCUAUAUGAAACAUAUGAAUCAAAUUUAAUAUUUUCCCUAUUUUGUGCUUCACACAAAAUGUUGAUCUCCCCAACUUUAUCAUUUCUAUUUCUAGCUCACCUCCUUAUCACAUUGUCACUAUUUCUUCACCUCCACUUAUAAUUUCUACUGUAGUUUCUUUAGUUCUCCCUUACAGUUUUUCCACUUCCCUAUGUGUCUAUUUUGCUAUCUCAUUCUAUUUUACCCCCACAUGACAUCAAGGAGUUAGGAAGGUGAAGCCCAGGGGGUUCCGAGACUCACCCAAGGACACACAGUGUUAGGACUAAAUCCCAGGCCCUAUGAAUUCCAUCUGGCAGCUUCACAAUUACAGGCAGUUGUUUUCCAUAUACUUGGGCUGGAAGUCAGAACAGAGGCUUAGGAGAAACUUUAAUUUCUUCAGUUCUACUGCUUCCUCUUCUCUGGCACCCACAGAUGACAGACCAACCUCUAAGACAGAGAGGGAGACAUCAAAAUGUUUAUGCUGGUGAACAGUUUUGACAAGGAGGGAUUGGUGCCAUCUAAUGGAUCUUCCCUGUAGCUCAGAUGAUAAAGAAUCUGCCUACAAUGCAGGAGACCUGGGUUCUAUCCUUAGGUCGGGAAGAUUCUCUUGAG